AUGGACAUCUUCGAAACACCGUACGACGAAAGCACUGAUAUCGAAUAUAUAACUUGCGAGAUUUGCGACAAAUCCAUCAGGGGAGAAACGCUGUACAAGUUACACGUGACCUCUCAAGCACAUUUAAAGAAUGAGCAGACGUUGGUUGCUGAGGGAAAGAUCAGUAGACUACAACCUGUGCCUUAUUUUGAAGACCUCAUUCAAUACCUGGAAUACUUAAAAAUUGAUGAACCCAUUGUUGGUUUGGACUAUUUAUUUGAAGUAGAGGAUGAAGGUUCUGACCCUUCUUUCAUCAAAUACAACUGUACACUCUGCAAGGUGUAUGCACCUCUCACAGAAGCUGUUCAGCAUGUGAUCGGACGUAAACACAGGCAAAAAUACCUGGAAAAUAAUCGACCUGAUUUGGUCAACUGGGACCCUCAGCGACCUCACAAUUUAGCCGGGAAAUUAAUGCGAGCCAAAGCAGAAAUUGCAGAAAGACAAGACGGUUCCGGAAAACCAACGCCAUUGUCUAACAAGAAAGGGCUCACUUUUCCAAGAUUGUCCGUUCAAGGUGGACCAAACAAUGGGCGAAGUUCAAGUUACCGUCCAGACAUGGGCACACGGGACGAGGGCUAUCCUAAAGGCCCAAGGAAACAGUGGUCUGAUAAGUCUGACUUUGUGCGUGACAGACAGGGCAAUGAGCGCAAGAAAGACUUCCCUGAUGUACUAGGAGGGCCCAGUUCCGAAGAGCAAGUUGUAAGAAAAAAGAGUCGCUUCUCGAAUGCAACAGCCGACGAGAUUCAAGCUGCUUAUAAGAUGUUUUCAAAAGGUUCUGCAAGGACAGAAAUCCAGGAAUUAAAAAGACAAAAGAUGAAUAGAAGCCAUUUGACUGAAAAUGAACAAAGGGAAUCAUUGGAGGAGUUUCCUGAAAGUGCUGGAGAUGUAUUUGAAAUGCUGAGAAACAUUGAAAUUGAAAAUGAAGAGGAGGCUCAUUUUCUGAAGGAACGACUGCGCUGUGUGCUGAUGGAAUUUAAGGCCAGAAAAGCUGAGAAAGCGUUGCAAACUGGCCAAAGUAGAGGAGUCAUUAUUAAAGAGUACAACAUGAGGCCAGCCUCAGAGCAACAUUUUCAAGACCAUUAUGGGCAACCUCCUCGAGGAAAUCCUAGUAUGAGGGAAAAAAAUGAAGAUGUUUAUGGUGAUCCCAGACAUGAAAGAUAUCAAGAAAGCAUUGGAGAUUUUGAGAAACGUGUUCAAGACCACUUGAGCAGAGGAGAUCUGCAGAUCAGAAGAUCAGAAGAUGUUUAUGACGACCCCAGGCUGGGACAUCAAAACAUUAGUGGAGAUUCUCAAGUGUACCAGCGAACUGAACCAAAUGAAGGCAGGAGUGAACCUUUCCUGGAGUACCAACAAUAUGAACAACACAAAGAAAUGAGCGAAGGAGCCCAUGAGUAUCAACGUUUUGGUCUUCCAGACGUUCAAUAUUCAAACAGAAACGCACAUAAAGAGAUGCAAAGGUGGCCCAGUGAUCAACCAAGCAUGACAUCACCAUUUCCCAAGAUGUACCAAGAGCCUUCGAGGCCUCAAGAUUAUGAGCUGGCCGAUAAAUUCUCUGAUUAUCCCUCAACCGCAUCUCUUGAACAUGUGUACACUGUCACCAAAGGCAGUGUGGGUAGUCAGGGAGUCGGCUGUGGUCUGCUGCGCUUUAUGCAGGUAGCUUUAGCCCUGCCUACUGACGCUGGAGACGAGGCCUAG